CCUUUAAACCCUCUCGGCCCUUGCCCCGCCCCCGGUCCGCCCCGUCCGAGGCGGGAGCAGGCUGAAAACCUCCGGCCUGGCCCGGCCCCGGCGCUUCACUCGCGCUGCAGACCCCGCCUGGAGUGCGCAACUCUUCGGUCCGCGUGAACGUUCCCCCAGACACCACCGCCCUUUGGAAUGGCCAACAGGGGACCUUCCUACGGCCUGAGCCGGGAGGUGCAGCAGAAGAUUGAGAAACAAUAUGAUGCAGACCUGGAGCAGAUCCUCAUCCAGUGGAUCACCACCCAGUGCCGCAAGGAUGUGGGCCGGCCCCAGCCUGGGCGCGAGAACUUCCAGAACUGGCUCAAGGAUGGCACGGUGCUGUGUGAGCUCAUUAACGGGCUGUACCCCGAGGGGCAGGCCCCAGUGAGGAAGAUCCAGGCCUCCACCAUGGCCUUCAAGCAGAUGGAGCAGAUCUCCCAGUUCCUGCAAGCAGCCGAGCGCUACGGCAUCAACACCACUGACAUCUUCCAGACUGUGGACCUCUGGGAAGGAAAGAACAUGGCCUGUGUGCAGCGGACACUGAUGAACCUGGGUGGGCUGGCGGUAGCCCAGAACAAUGGGCUCUUCUCUGGAGAUCCCAACUGGUUUCCCAAGAAAUCCAAGGAGAACCCUCGGAACUUCUCCGACAACCAGCUGCAGGAGGGCAAGAAUGUGAUUGGGUUACAGAUGGGGACCAACCGCGGGGCAUCUCAGGCAGGCAUGACCGGCUACGGGAUGCCACGCCAGAUCCUCUGAUCCCACCCACAGCCCUGCCCCUGCCUGCCGUGAAUGGUUAAUAUAUAUAUAUAUAUAUAUAUGUGUAUAUAUAUAUAUAUAUAUAUAUAUAUAUAUGUAUAUAUAUAUUUUAGCAGUGACAUUCCCUGAGAGCCCCUGGAGCUCUCAUGCUCCCCUCUGCCAGGGUGGGGGCCUGGCCUGUCUCCUCUGGGGGUGCCUGACGAUGGCCUCCCCACUGUGCUUACUAAUACAUUCCCUUCUCUAAAUCCACCAAAACUGGACCAACUGCCUCUUUUCCCCGGGACCAAAAUUAGGGGGGCAUCACCCCCUCUCCCCACCAUACCUCUUCUCUUUCUCUCUGGCCUCUCUUCCCCUGAGCCCUGUGCCCUAAUCCAUUCCUUGGCUGGGAGUCAGGGAUGCUGCCUAAUGGCCUUCUCCCCACAAGUACGCCUCACCCACAGCUGUGGCUGCAGGGACUUAAUUUAUAGGGAGGGGUCUGUGGCGGCUGCCCCCCAGCCCCAGCUGGACUGCGCUCACCACACUUCUGAGGCAGCCUGCCCUGGCAGAGGCCUUCAGGCUUCUCAUUUUCCAUUCCCCUCUCUGUGGCUAACGGGUGGGGGUGAGGGGACCGGGGAGGGAAGGCUGCCCACCAUGGGCUGGGGCUUGAAGAAUCUGAGUUUGCUGGUUUAAAUAAAGAAUCUCUGUCUUUUUUUGGAUGGACUCUGGCUGUGUCUGGGGCCACUGAGUCCACUGUUGGGAAGGGAGGAAUGUGGGGGAAGGGUGGUGACUGGCUCCAGGGAAGAGGGCUUUGAAAUAAAAGGUUACAAACAUC